AUGAGGCAGCUCUUUGACUGCGACGCCAACUGUCUUCUCAAACAUGGCAUCAAUGUGAAAAAUUCUGUUGAAAAUGCUUCUACAGUUAUGGGUAAAGCAUUUUCGUUCUUAUUUGUCCGUGAGCCUUACGGACGCUUACUGUCCUCAUACAGCAACACGUUUUAUCUGCCAAAGAAAGACUGGCUAACAAGAGGGUCACAGUUGAUACAGCAAGUUCGUGAAAACCCGGCUGAACUUAGUUUGAAAUAUGGACACGAUUUAACGUUUGCGGAACUCAUCAAGUACGUGGUAGAUAGGUAUGAGAAUGCACAGUUUUUGGAUGAAAAUUUCAGACUAAUUCGGCACAAAUCAUGUAACCCGUGUACAUACAAUUUCGACUACAUUGGUAAAUUAGAAACAUUUGAAUCAGACUGGGAUAUCAUACUUGAUGAAUGGCGAUCGAAUGAAAUAAUAAAAGACUAUCCCUCCGAUAUUCUAAAAACGUUUCGGCUGACGUCAUUUAAUGGCCCAUUAAAUCAUUUAUUUGUUACCAUUGGUUUAUUGAAGACAUCGGGCAUUCCAGUACAUUCAUUGUUUGUACGAACUUGGACAUACUUUCAAAUGAUUGGUGUAAUUUCCAAGCAUGUACCAAUACCUUACCUGAAAGAAGAAAUAGGUAAGAUAAACUUGGCAGAUUUCAAGAAGACAUUGUUGAACGCGAUAGAAUUAACUGAAGCUGAGAGAAGGGAUAUUACUACACAGAAAAUUGAAGCGAUGCGACAGGCAUAUUUAACAGUGCCUAUGGAUUAUAUGGAGAGAUUGAGUAAAAUGUUAAGGGAGGAUUGUUUGCUGUAUGGCUAUGACGAAAGACCGCCCUUCUUGUUUGAUAGAGUUAAUAAUAGGUACAAUGAAAGUGGGCGUGAUUUCGAUUAUUUCAAAGCUAUACAAGUUUAG